AUGGUAAACACUAGCAAGGACCCUGUGGUUGGCAACGAGCAGAAAGCAGGUGCUUUCUGGCAACGCAUUGCAGCGUACUUCGCAGCAAGUCCAAAGGUGGCAAGAGGUGAAACGCGAUCAGUCAUUCAGUGUAAGCAAAGGUGGCAGAAGAUGAAGGAUCUUGUAUCCAAGUUUUGUGGAACCUAUGCGGCUGCAACAAGACAGAGAACAAGUGGUCAGAGUGAGGAUGAUACUAGAAAGUGUGAUGAUGGAGCACAAUCAGAAAGCUCUCAAGCAACUUCCAACCUCGGUGAUGAACCAACCAACCGACCUCCUGGCGUUAAGGCAGCCAAAAGAGCCUCUGGUAAGAGAAGCAUCGCAGAUCACCUGUCAGCCUCUGAGUUUCAGACCAUGUGGUCUAUUAAAGAGAGAGACUUGGCAGCGAAGGAGAGACUUUCGAAGAUGAGUUUGCUUGACAGGCUCAUUGCCAAGAAAGAUUCUCUAACUGAAUAUGAAGAAGCUCUAAAUAAUAAGCUAAUUUCAGAUAUGUUGGGUUAA